CUAUUCAUCUCCAAUUACUAUAUCGUGACAGCUAUUACGUUUAUUUGUGUAUUAUUCGCCAGUGAAACCGCCGGAAAUCAUGAUAGUUCGCCAUAUUGCUAUUAAUAUUGCCCGAAGCUAAAGGGCCAUUUUUUUAAUGAUAGUGUAAAAAUCUUUGUGUAUAACCGAGACAUUGAUAAAGCUAUGACGUGUUAGUGCAGUGUGUGGUUAUCGAGAAGCGUUUCUAAUUACAAGUCAAAAUGGAGGAGGUGAAGCUAGAACCGACUCCUCAACCAGUGAUGAAGUUCAUCAGUGUGACCAGCGAGGUCCUCACAGAGGAACAACGAGAAAUGUACGAAUCUGUCCUCUCCACAUGGAAGCCCGUCAUGUUCCCCAAACGGAUUAAAAGAUACAUAUGUAAUAAGUGCAAUAAAGAGUUCAAAAACUACCAGAACCUUUACCUUCAUACCACGAGAGUACACUCCUCCGAAGAGUCCGCAGUCAUCUGUGAUAUAUGUGACAAAACCUUUAAAAACAAACACUAUUUGUACAUGCAUCGGAUGAACAAGCAUUACUCCGAACUUGAGAAGUGUUACUGUCAGUUCUGCCUCCAAGAAUUCCGCACCAGAAGAGCUCUGCACAUGCAUGUUAAGAAGAUACACCCUAACACGCUACCUGAGAUUAAAUGCAACGAGUGUGGGAAAGAAUUCUCGGUACCUUACAAGCUGAAGUACCACAUCGAGUCCUGCCACAGGGUGGACAAAGAAAAGUACAAAUGCCACCUCUGCCACAAACUAUAUAAAUCCAGUUUGAACUUAAACAGACACCUUCACUUCCAACACAUGCCUGUCGAAAGACACCCUUGUGUCUUCUGCAACAUGACGUUUAAAUCCCGUCAUCAUAUGAAAAGACAUGUCCUGAACAUCCAUCCUCCGUUAGAAUCGAAAGUCACCUGUCCCGAAUGCUUGAAAGAGUUCAAAAACGAUCAGUACCUUAAAGAACAUAUGCAGGUACAUUCGUCGCUAGAUUCCAAGGUCAAAUGCGAUAUUUGUGACAAAUUCUUCCACUCGGCUAUUCGUCUAAAAAAACACAAGAAGAUAGUCCACCCUUCGAAGCCUAAACUUCGCUGCGAAAAAUGUGACAAAGAGUUUGCUCACGCUCAUUAUUUGCGUCGGCAUUUUAACGCUGUGCACUUAGAAAUUGACGAGACUAACUAUCCACAUUCUUGUGACCAAUGCGGGAAGAAAUUUAAGCUGAAGAAGUAUUUGAAUAAUCAUUUGCAAAGACAUGAACAGCAGCAUCUGAAGAGGAUUUCUCAAAUGGUGAAGACUGUUAUGGGGGAUGACAAAGAUGGGGCUUCUAAGCGGAGGGGGAGACCAAGGAAGGCACGCGCUGAGAUUGAGUUUAUCAAGUGCGAGCCGGUUUCUAGCUCAGAUUCUGAAUCCGGGGAAACGGAAAGUGAUUCCGAGUGAAAGAAUCUUCAAUUGUUUAUGUGAAGUGUCAAAGUGCAUAAAGUCUACUGUACAUACGUUUUAUUAAUGUUUUUGACGGUGUUACGUAUAGAGUAUGGCCCAGGAUGGUCGUUUUCUCUCUUUAUGUAUAGUUAGGACCAAAUUUUUGCAAAUUUAUUCCUAUUCUAGUUCUAAAGCGUCGGACGGUGGACUCUUGUUAUCAUAUUUGCCGAUUAUACUUUUUAGUUUACUCCACGUAAUUUUGUAAAUCUGAAGUUAGUCAAUUGACUCCUUACGUAUUUGAGUACUGUCAAAAAAGCUUUGCUAGUCCGAAGUUGGCUACAAAGAUGAUGCAAACAUUUCUGCGCAUGCGUGAUGCGUCAAAUAGUAGAAUUGUACGUUUGCAGUUGUUAAAUACAUUUUGUUUGGUUACAUUGUACUGGGCUAUAUUUUAAUGUUUGUUUUUUUGAAAAUGUAGUUUGUAUUACAAAUCUCUUCUUCUUGGCGAGUCGAUGGCAACUUAAAUUUUGGACCAUUAUUCUGAUCAAAUUAUUUUCAGGUUUUUCGUAUCUUACGUUGUAGAAUUGUAUGAAAACUUUUUCAAAAACUUUAAUGUAUGGUCUAUCCGUCUGACGCAUUUAAAAAUUCAAAUUUUUGAAAACUUAUCGAGUCCUAGCUUAUGUAAUAAGCUUUCGCUCUUUAAUAUCUUUCGCAUAGUAAAUGGGAGUAAAAAUUAACAAUUAUAGACUUAAAUAAAUAAAAAAUUAAUAGUUUUUCGUAUUAACUGUUUCUUACUUUGGUAGAUUUAUAUGUGUUGGUUGUGGCAACACUGAGGUUUUGGUAGAAAAGACUGAUGUUGAUUUGUUCGUGUGGUGCUACAAAAAUGUUUUUAAAUUCUUUUUUUUAUGUAUUUUAGUAUGAAACAAUAAAAUUAAAUGCUUUUUUUAAUCUAAAAAAUGAAGCCACAAGAACAAUCAACGAAAUAAAACUAAAAUUGAUAUGAUUGUGUAAAUGAGGCGUGAGACUAAAAACGAAUAAAACCCAGUGUUGCCAUAGUCAAAAUUGUUAUCUAUUUGGGGUCAGUAAUUUAAAAUAUUAAGUAGGUAUUUCGAAAUUAUGAGGGUACAUUUGGUACAAUAUUUUAAAAUUAAGUUGUUUUUUUUUAUGUAGUAGUAGAAAUUAUGUAUUUUUUAUUAAUUUUCAAUUUAAUUCCAGGUUUUUAAAGAUAAUGUGCAAUAUUUUUUAACUACACUGUAGAAUAAGAUUUAUUUUAUAGUUCUAUGGUAUUUUUACAAAGAUGGAUUACAUAAUGCAUGCACAAAUUUUAACUUUACCCUUGUAUGUAUGAAAAUGAUCAUUGUUUUAGUAACAUGGGUAAAAUAGGUUCCAAUAUUUUAUCUAUCUGUUGUUUCGCUUACUAAAGAUAGGGAUUUGACAAUACUUGUAUUUGGGCUAAUGUUAAAAUUCUAUCUCUACUAAGCUAAUGAUUAGAAAGGUCUCCUAUUAGAAUCAGUAAGACAUAAAAGAAUCGCCUUCUUUUCGGGAAGUCGGUUAAAAAUUAUGCUGCAUAGCCUAAAUAAGUUCUUAUUUAGUUAGCAACUUAUAUUAUUUUGAUAUUUGUUGUCUCAUCCUCAUAAUUUUGAAAUUUUUAACGCCUUGGACUUGUAGACUGUGUAAUUUUGUUAAGCAAUUUUUCUUUUGAUCAAGAAGUUAUUUAAAUAUAGAAGAUAUUUAAAAUAAUAUUGUUGAAGCUGCUCUUAUUUAUGAUGGGAAAUCGUCAGAUGAAACCUCUCACUGUGUGUGCAGCGCUCGGGAGUGUCAGACUGUUACUGACUAAACCCCGCCAUGUUCCUUCUUAAGCCCGCCAUGUACCAGCACUGCGGUAAUAAGCGCGAACAAUCCCGCAGUGUCAUAACCACACUUGGGGUAGUUAACUAGAUCAAAAAUCAAUUAAUUUAUUUUAUUCAUGUGUUGUCUUUAAAUACUGUCAUUUUAAUUUAUGGUUUUAAUGUAAUAAUUUUUUUAUUGAUAAUAUAAUUGAAAUAAGUACACAUUUUGAUGUGAAAAAAUCUGUGUCGUCAUAGCUCACGUUUUAAAAUUGAAGAAAAAUAAUUAUAUUGUCUAUCUAGUCCUUGGCUAAGUUUAUAUAAUUAUUAUUAUAGUAUAAAUGUUAUAAAUAUGUAUAUAAGGUUAUUAUUUAGGUGUUUAGUUGAUGUUCGCUGACUGGUUUUUCAGCUACAGUCUUAAAUAUGUUUUAUUUAUACACGAAAACCGAAAAUAAAUCGGACAAUAAGGGCAACUUUUGCAGCAUAAAGUAAAAUUCCUCUCGCGCAAUCUGUCAACGCUGAAAAGUGGUUUCUGUUAUAUUAUGUGCAAUUACGUUUGACGAAAAUGGGGUCGAUAAGUGCUGGAGUGGAGACCACGGACUAGCAAGCGCAGCGUAAGACGUCCACCAACAAGGUGGACAGACGACCUUAUAAAGGUCGCCGUCGACGCUGGAUGCAGGUCGCUUCCAACAGGUAUCUGUGGAGAUCUAAGGGGGAGGCCUAUGUUCAGCAGUAGACCUAUGCCUGAGAUGAUGAUGAUGACGUUUGACGAGAACUAUACUAUGGUUGGUUGUCAGUACUUAUUUGAUCUGAAAUAUAUAAUUCUUUAUAAAAAAUGUCAUUUUUUUAUUUGCUGCAGCUGAAAAAACAGUUUACGUAGACGUUAAGUGGGUACAUUUUAAUGUUAAAUAUUAUUUUUAUUUCAAAUGGAUAUUUAUUGUAAAUAUAAUAUUUUGAUGUGAAGCUGA